AUGUUUGUCCUGGCUUUGAUACAUACCUUCCCAUUCAUAGUCUUCAAUAUCUGGAAAGGUCAGAUGGUCGAGAAAUGGAACACCAGCGUAGUCUACUGGACAGGAGUUGCGGCCUUGAUUACGCAGGCUUAUCUCACAUUUAUGUCCUUGCCAUCUAUUCGAAAUCGAUAUUAUGAAUUUUUCAAGGCAACCCACUUCCUAGUUGCACUACUCUUCCUUCUCUUUUUCUUCUUUCACUGUGACUUCCGCCUUACUUCCUGGGACUAUUUCGUUGCCGGAGGCGCAAUAUAUCUUUUCAGUCUAUUUGCGGCAUGGACCCGCACCCAUCUCAUCAAUGGCCGUCACUCAGCAACAAUCGACCUCCUCCCUUGCGGUUUUGUACGAAUCAGAAUCCCGACAAUCAUGUCCUGGCGACCAGGUCAGCACGUCUUCAUUCGAUUCUUCAGCCCGCAGCUAGGCUUGCACUGCCUAACAGCGCACCCGUUUACCAUCUGCUCCUUAUCGCAUGACCCAGACAAGGUCGGCAAAGCAUCUGAGAUUGUCUUCUAUGUCAAGCCCCGCCACGGCAUCACGGCACGUCUGGCAAAGAUAGCCGCUAAGAGCCCCGUAUUCUCCCAGACCGUGCUUUUAGAAGGUCCUUAUGGUGGGAUAUCCGAUACUGCUUCUCCCGCUGAAUUUGAUACUGUUCUUGUCAUCGCUGGUGGUUCCGGCGGUGGGUUUUCUCUCGCUAUCGUCGAAGAAGCUCUAAGAGUAUAUGGUAAUAUGCCAGACCUCCAACAACGCAAUAUGCAAGUCGUUUUCGCCACGCGGAAUAGCAAAGUAGCCGAGUGGUACAGGGAGGAAAUUGGAGAUAGGGUCUCCAUGUACGACGUACCAGACAAAAGAAUAUCCGUUUCCAUUCAUGAUACCUCGUUAGAGCAGGCUGAAAAGCCAGUGUCUGCACCUGGAGACAAAGAACCAUCUAACGAGAUCACCGAUGAGAUUGAGCCUGCCUUAUCGGAGAAAGGGCAUGAUGUUGCAGCAACAAACAAGCACAUGAGCACAGUUGUACAUGGUCCUCGACCUGAUCUUCCUCGUCUUAUCAAUACAGCUACGUCAACUGGUAGCCACAGAAUGGCUAUCUUUGCGUGCGGUCCUGCGUCCAUGUUACAUGACGUUCGGAAUGCGGCUGCUGAGGCGCAAAAGCGGGCGCUGAGAGGAGGCGCUGAGGUCUAUUUACAUACAGAAUCAUUUUCAAUAAUACGUCUAUAA